AUGUAUAAACUGUCUCAAAUAAUCGACGCGACACGAGAAAGUCUCGACGCGGACUCACGCCAGCCGCACUCCCAAUUAACUAUUAAUACCUCUGCGCCGGCCUCACCUGCCACCUCUUUGUUCUCUGCGACAGGUCACAACCGCGUCUCCAGUUCGGUCUCUUCCCUCGUCUCUUCCUCGGGUCUGGGAAAUUCAAUGGACAGUCCCAGUCGGAGUCAAUUAACUGGAGUUAAAGAAGAAGAAUGCACACGCGACUCGUUGGAAGAUCAUUAUUUCCAACAUUUCGAUUACCGCAUGUCCGCAGAAGAGUCAUACUUUACUCCCGUCGAGAACUCAGAUAGCUACGAUCUGAGCAUUACCGGCAUGGAGACUGCCCCAUCACCGAAAAAGAGACGCUCAGACAGUGUCUCAAUAAAGGGCGUCUCGCGCAUCAACUCCCAUAUGUCGACCAUGUCAGCCCGGUGGAAGACCAAACGAUCCUCCGGUGGUGCAGAAGGCGAUAUUUUCCCGGAUGAUCUACGAUCACGCGCAAACUCGGCGGCCUCCGCCUUGGCGAGUCCCGUCGUUGGUUCCAUGUCGAUGAGUCGGGUCGACUCGAUUCCCCCUUCGCCCGCGCGAACGAUCUUCGAAGAACGCGCGAGCGAGUCCGGCGCGCGCCCAAUCGAUAUCACCCGAGCAAACAGUCUCAGCCAGGACGACAACGAUAUACAAAAAGCGACAACCCCUCUUCUGCCACCGUUUAUGGGAGAUGACCCAACAAGCGUCGCAGCAUCACGCGUCCAGUCACCACUGCAGUCUCCCUCAGUCGCAGACGUGAACGAACCACACCAUACCUACAAUGUGACGUCCGACCCGCGGUUUAUGGGAAUUCUCCCUUCGCCACCUCUCUCAUCCAAGCCCUCCGUGGCCUCCUUCAACCGACCACGCGCCAGCACCGUACGCACAGUCUCAGGCGAAGUAACGCCCCUCGUCCUCUCCGACCCGAACGACGAAUGGGCCAACAAACUCGGUCACGCCAAUUUCACCAUCGUCCCCGAGCCCUACGACCCCGUGGCUUGCGACAUCGGCCAUUUCCAGCAGCUACGUGCAGACUGGGAUAUUGCGCGUUGCAAUUUUGCCAAGCAUCUCGUCCGUACGGGCGAGCACUACGGCGUCACUUCGAACAUUUACAAUCUCACCGUGGAAAAAUGGGAGUCGAUCAACCGCGAGUGGGCAACGCAGCAUGAGGCUAUGCUCGACCAGCUCAGCGCUAUUGAUGGUGUUGCGCUCACCCUCACCCAGUCUAAUAUCCACCCUUGCCAACAAGUCCGCAUCCCACGUCUGCAUGACAACGACAAGUUCCCUGAUAUGGGCGAUGAGGAUAUUGUCGGCCCAAUGACUGUGGCACCGGCUACGGAGAUUGCAGGUCCCUGCCGUUCUGAGAAAAAGAGGAAUUUCUUCCGCUUUUUCCAGGAUUUGGUCUCCCGACCUUGA